AUGAGGUUGCAUGGGGAUGUGUCGGAUGAUGAAGAGGAGGGUGCGGUGAUGGAUCCGGCACUGCUGUCUCCGUCAUCGCCGCCCGCCGGUGCGGCGGCGGCGGCUGCGUCGAGGCUGGUGGUGGGCUACGCCCUCACGAAGAAGAAGGUUAAGAGCUUCCUCCAGCCCAAGCUGCUCCUGCUGGCGAGGAAGAAAGGAAUUAGUUUCAUAUCAAUUGAUGAGACUCAUCCUCUCUCAGAACAAGGCCCAUUUGAUAUCAUCUUGCACAAGAAAACUAGCAAGGAGUGGCAGCGGUUUCUGGAGGAUUAUCAUGAAGUGCAUCCAGAAGUCACUGUCCUCGACCCACCCAAUGCCAUUGAGCAUCUGAACAAUCGACAAUCGAUGCUUGAAGAAGUAGCAGAUUUGAACCUGUCCAGUUUCUAUGAAGAAGUUUGCACUCCACGCCAACUGGUCAUUAUGAAAGAUCCGUCCUCUAUACCAACUGCAGUUGCCAUGGCUGGGCUAACCUUGCCAUUGGUUGCCAAGCCAUUGGUUGUUGAUGGAACAUCUAAAUCUCAUGAGCUAUCUCUGGCAUACGAUGAGGCGUCCUUGCCAAUGCUUGAUCCUCCUCUGGUACUCCAGGAAUUUGUGAAUCAUGGUGGGAUCCUCUUUAAGGUGUACAUCAUUGGUGAAGCUAUACAGGUUGUCCGCAGGUUUUCUCUUCCUGAUGUUAAUACCUAUGACUUACUAAACAAUGUUGGCAUCUAUCGACUUCCAAGAGUUUCAUGCGCUGCAGCAAGUGCAGAUCAUGCAGACCUUGAUCCUCGUAUUGCAGAGCUUCCUCCGAGACCACUUCUAGAGAAACUAGGCAGGGAGCUUCGUGGUCGUCUGGGUCUAAGAUUGUUCAACAUAGAUAUGAUUAGAGAGCUUGGAGCAAAUGACCGGUACUAUAUAAUUGAUAUCAACUACUUCCCAGCUGAGGGGAAAAGAAAUGUAUCGUCGCGACAUAUCUCUGCCCGUGUAGGCCAAUUUAACACUGUUCAAGUAGGGGUAUCUUCUCUUCUCCACUACCCAAGGUUGGCUUGGCUGGGGUAA